AUGGCUACCAACGAAGACGCGCUUGCUGUUUUAGGGUUGUUGAUAGCCAUGAAAAAUAAUGCAAUUAAAAAACGUAAACGUAGACUGUGGUGUAAAAAUUGGUUACAAAAAAGAAACGAAUAUUCUCACAUUAAUCUGUUGACCGAAUUCAAGUUGUUUCCGAAAGACUGGCAUAAUUACUUGCGAAUGGACGAAGAAACGUACUUCCAACUUCUUUCAUUAGUGACACCAUUCAUUAAAAAAAAAGAUACAGUUAUGAGGAAAUCAAUCUCCCCACACGAAAGGUUGACAGCAACUCUCAGAUUUUUAGCUACGGGAAGAAGUUACGAAGACCUUAAAUUUUCAACUAUUAUAUCACCACAAGCUCUUGGGUAUAUUAUACCUGAAACGUGUGAAGCAAUGUACAAAGUAUUACAUAAAGAUUACUUAAAGGUAAGGACAUUUUUCGUUAUGAAAAUAAUAUUAACAGCUUACAAACAUAACAUAUAUUAA